AUGGGUCCCAUUGACACCAACUACCCUGCCUUUGGGUUUGACCAGCCUGGUUUUGACUCCCAGGCCCUUUUCAAUGGCUUUGCCAAUCUCGGUUCCGACGGGCAGCUCAAUGGUUCCAAUGCUUUCAGCCAAUUCGGGAACGGUGAAAUGUGCAGCUUUGACGAGUUGUUUUCCGGCAUUCCUCUCAAUGGCGUCGAUCAGUCUGGCUCUGGCAUGGUCCCCCCCAUGGGGGUGGGCUCCUUCAACUCUGGUCAACCCGGCUUCAAUGCGUUGCCCACGGAGUCACCCUUGAACAACUUCAAUCAACUCUCGAACACCCCUGUUUAUGGUGCCACUCAGUUCACUGCCACCGCAUCUUCCUGUGGCUUUGGUCAACCUGCGUUGUCGGCUACGAACAGUUUCGACAAGCCCAAUCAAGCCACCCCUGUCAACAAGCCUGUCCGUGGCGCCGCCCAGUUCGCUGCCACCGCCUCUUCCUGUGCCUCUGGUCAGCCUGCGCUGUCGGAUAUGAACAGCUUCAACAAACCCAAUUCUACCACGCCUGUCAACCGCUCUGCCCAGCCAGUCUCCAACAAUGUCCCCAUGCAUGCGCCGUACAGGCAGGUGCCCUACGACCCCUCGGUUGGGAUUGCAUAUUCUCCCGAGGACACUGACGCCGACAAGGUCCAAAAGUGGGAGAACCUCAUCGCCCAGGCCAAUUUGGCCAAUGCCGGCGUGUCUGCCUGUACUCCUCAGAUCAUUGAAGAAGACACAGUUGAAGAAGGCCCCCAGGAUGUGGACUCACCCAACUCUCUGUUUGACUCUCCUCACCCCUCGCCUGACCCCUCGCCUGUCGAGAUCGUUGAUACUCCCAGCCCCACUCCGCCGACUCCAUCCCCUCCACAAGCUCUUGCAGCUACAAUGACAUCUUCCAAAGCUGCAACCAAUGUGACUGCAAAUACCUUUCCUCGCACUGUCCAGCUGCCCCGUGCCUUGACGAACCAGAAGGGUUACGCCCAACACGUUUCGCCAUUUGCACCCGUUGCAACACUUGCUCCUCCUUCUGCCUCGACCCCAACUUCCCGCCAGCUUGAGGCCGCGCGAGAGCGAAUUCAGAGUUUAUCGAAAGAACGCAACUUGUACCAGCGUAAUUUGCGAAAGGCGACCAUCAUUGAUCCCAAGACCGGCAAGACCAGCCUUCAAAUGCUACAGACAGAGAAUACAAGCCUUCGUCGCACCAAUGCUAGGCAGUCACGGGAGAAUGACAAGCUGAAGCAGGAGCUCCAAGCAACCAACAAGUCGUUCACCGCGCUAGUGGAUAGAUACAACCACACAAUCAAGCAGCUUCACAAGGCACAGCUCGAUUUGAAGCAGCUUGGGAAGUAA